AUGAGAGCUAUCAGCCAGAGUCCUGCAGCUCAACAAGGCAGCGCAAAUAUCACUCGCUCCUUACCCGUGAUUCAGACGAAAGGUGUACCAGCAGGUACUGCGGCUUUUGAGAAAACUCGCCAGACCAUCAUCGACGAUUUCAACGCCAAAGUUCCUGAUCAUCUUCGCAUCGACGGCAAAUAUAUCACCCACCUUCCUCUGGAUGUGACUAAUAUACCUCGAUCCUGUGGUAUACUUAGUCAGGAGGAACUUGCCAUCACAGAAGACUAUGAUGCCGUUGGUCUUGCUGCUGCGGUUGCCGAGCGCAAAUACACAGCAGUAGCUGUAGCUACCGCGUUCUCGAAACGCGCUAUAAUUCGCCACCAAAUUACUCACUGCUUGACCUAA